AUGCCGAAGACAUUACAUGAUUCACAGGAUGAAAUCUCAUCAUCUACCAUGAGCGAGGAAGAAUCUUCUCCACAGACUGCAGCCCGAGACCCAACCCAAGACGCUAUCAACCGCACAAUAUCACACAUAUCUGGCCACGAUGCGUUCGAACAGGCUGCCAUCAUCACUGCGUCAGAUGGCAAUGUGCCUUACCGCGAGGUAGGUGAUGAGAUCUUUGACAAAGUUUCCUCAAGACGCAAAGUUGCUAUCGUGACCGUGCUGUCAUUUGGGGCGUUCCUAUCGCCAAUAUCGAGCACUUCAGUGUUAGCAGCGACACCCGAGGUUGCGAAGACUUUCAACAGCACGGGAAGCAUUAUAAAUCUCAGUAAUGCAGCUUACAUGAUUGUUAUGGCGUUAUCACCUUUAUUCUGGGGACCCAUGAGCCAGGUUUAUGGAAGGCGGAGUGCAGCCUUGUCUUCUUCAGCUAUUUUCUUCUUACUCAGCCUAGCCACUGCAUUGGCUCCUGACCUCACUUCGUUUAUUGUCUUUCGAGCAGCUUCGGCGUUUGGGGGAACAGCCUUCAUUCUCAUCGGCCCAGCAUGCAUUGGUGACAUUUAUCGUCCAAUAGAGCGAGGUGCAGCAAUGGGAUGGUUUCUGACCGGCACACUUGUUGGUCCUGCAUUUGGACCAUUUUUGGGUGGCAUUAUUGUAACAUAUAGUUCGUCCUGGAGGAGUAUCUUUUGGCUUCAGACGGGACUGGCUGCUACCGGGGUACUCGGCGUGUACUUUGUUGUAUGCGAAACAGCUCAUCACCUCAGGAUCAACGAUCUGAAAAGCCUCUCGGGCAAGAAAAGGACACUGAAGGUUCUCGGCAUGAUCAGCCCGAUGCGAGUCUUACGGCUAUUUCGAUUCUUCAAUAUUGCGCUGGUGGCAUGUGGUAGUGCAUCCUUAACUUGGAACAUGUACAGCCUCCUAACACCGGUCCGUUAUGUUUUGAAUCCCCGCUUCAAGCUCGACUCGCCGUUGCUAUCGGGUCUGUUUUACCUGGCACCCGGCUUCGGUUACCUGGUAGGGACUUUCGGAGGGGGGCACUGGGCGGACAUGAUGGCCAAGCGAUGGAUCAAGAAACGUGGAGGUGUCCGUAUACCGGAAGAUCGACUUCGGUCUACUCUGCCUUUCAUGGGCGCAAUCAUGCCGGGAAGCAUGCUGGUAUAUGGCUGGACUGUCGACAGGGAGGUUGGAGGUAUUCCGGUGCCUGUCAUCGCCAUGUUCGUACAGGGCGUGGCGCAAUUGUUUUGCUUUCCCUCGUACAACACUUACUGUCUCGACGUCAUGCCUGGCCAUGGGGCAGAGGUGGCUGCAACCAACUUUUUCGCAAGAUAUCUGGUUGGUUGCAUCGCUUCAGCCGUAGUUCUACCAGCUGUCGAGGCUGUCGGCAUUGGAUGGUUUUCGACCAUCUCAGCAGCGUAUUUGAUAGGCUCAGCUCUGGCUACCAUGGCUGCAAUUCGAUGGGGGAAAGGCUGGCGGGAGAGAACUCAAGCAAGGCUAGAGGGUCCUAAGGAGGAUGAGAACGAGGCCAAAGCCGGUCAUGAUAUGGAUACAGAUCGACCCAAAAGCGCUCAAAUACUGGGACCCAGCUUCGCGUCUGACAGGAGUGGUCCAGAACAGCAGAGCCGAAACAUAGGCCGUGAGACCUGA